AUGUGGCGCCUCAUCGAGCGGGACAGGCCCGAGGUUGUCGCCGUGGACCCCGAGCGCCGAGCCUUUUCGGUUGCGAGACGGCCGAGCUGGCGGAAGCUGGAGAGGAGCGUUUUGACGGGCGCCGACGCAGCCGGUGCGAGGUGCAUGGCCCUGCGCAUGCGAGUUGCCGGGUGCCAG